AUGGAAGACGAUCGUAGUACAAGUCCAUCAAGUAUUGCUUCAAGUGAUGAUGAACAUCAUACUGAUUUACCUGAAGUUCAAGUAUAUCAACCAACAUUCAACCCAUUUUGGUUUCCUUUUACACCAUUACGAAAUUCACCAUUAUUUAAUUCAUUAUCAUUUCAACAACCAAUUCGUUCAGCAACACCGAUAGUUCGUCAUAAUUUCAAGAGUAUCGAUGACCUUCUUUCUCCUAUUCCUAAUUCUAUUUCUUCUACUCCCUCUCAACGAAAUGAUGAUACUGGCUACAGUUCACAAUAUUUAUCUGCUUCAUUACUUUCAUUACGACAAAGUCGUGAAUCAACUGAUUCUUCGCAAGAAAAUGAAGAUGAUAUUGAAAAUAUAAAACCAACAACAUCAUCAUCACCUAUUGUUGAUAACAAAAAACAAAAUAAUGAAUCGAAAAAUAAUAAAUCGAAAAAGAUUCGUACAGCAUUUACAGAUCAUCAAAAAUUAAGUUUGGAUCGUUUUUAUUCAACAAAUCGUUAUCCAGAUCCAACACAAAUGGAAACAUUAUCACGUUUAUUAUCACUUGAAGAAAAAGUUAUUCGUGUUUGGUUUCAAAAUAAACGAUCACGAGAAAAAAAUCAUCCACGAAAUCAAUUAUCUAUUCAUCAACAACCUAAUCCAACAGCAGCUAUGGCUAUGUGGCAACAAUUUUCAUCAUCACCAAAUUUUCCUCAUUGA